GAUUUGCUGCAAGUAGUACUACAAUCACCAAAUUUAUGAGGAUUUCCAUUACAACAUUUCGUAAGACAUUCAGUACAAAUUGGUGGUGUUGUAACUAUUACUAUUUCUAAUUUCUCACAUUCAUAAUAAUAUCCUAAAUUCUUACAAUCUUUUAAAUUGCAAGUAUCAGUACAAUCAUGAAAAUCUUUAUGUCCUUCAGAAUCUUUACAACAUUUAUUAAGACAUUUGUGACAAACUUCCAUUGAUGGGAUUGGGCAAUUAUAAUCUUCAAUAUCAAUGUCUAUACCAUCACAAUGGUCUGUUUCACAUAUAUUUUUACAUGAUUUCAAAUCAUCAAAAUUACUAUUACAACAUUUAUAAAGACAUUUGGUGCAUUGUGGUUUACUAUUACCAUAAACUAGCGAAAUAACAUUUAA